UCGAGUUUUCCUGGUUUGUGUAAUCCACAAAUGAUAAAUCAGCUGAUUUGUGGUCAGAUUUUAUUAAUGAUUGCGUGACGUAAAAGCGAGUGGACUUGAAAUUAAUAAGGCGCCAAGAAUUCAUGGCCGGUCUCUCGCAUGACCCGCCAUUCCUGUCGGUCGGCACAGAGGUGAGCGCCAAGUACCGUGGCGCGUUCUGCGAGGCCAAGGUAAAGAAGGUGCAGAGACUCGUCAAAUGCAAGGUGCAGCCGACGGAAGCAGGGACCUCAUUCAUCGUCACAGAUGACGCUGUCAAGGGCAAUCUCAUGGUCGGCUCACGCGUGGAGGUGAAACAUGCCGAGACAAAUCGCUAUGUAGAGGCGACCAUUCAGCGCCUCACCGACUGUAGUCAGUACACCGUAGUAUUUGACGAUGGGGACGAAACGACACUGAGAAGAAGCUUGCUGUGUCUGAAAGGUGACAAGCACUUCCACAAGAGUGAGACUCUGGAUGAGUUGCCCCUCACCGAUCCGGAGCGAUUCGGAACGCCGGUAAUCAACAAGAAGUCGAGGAAGAGGCGGCGAUUCGGAGGAUCGGCGAGCAGCAGUGAGGAGAGCUCAGAUGACGAGGGACCACCGCAGAAGAAGAUCGUGCUGCAGCCGCGCUACAUCAAGGACAUGGGCAAGGUCGUUGUCGUCAACGUUGACGACAAGCGACGCAACUACACGUGGUUCCCGGCGCUCGUCGUCUCGCCCGCCGUGACAGCAGAGGGCGCUAACCUAGACAUGAAGACGCAGUGGAUAGUGCGCUCAUUCAAGGACGGCAAAUAUCACACUGUUGAGAAGAAGAAAACGAAAGAGUUCAGCAAGGACUUUCUGAAGAAAGAUGAUUCGAGUGGCAUGAAACAAGCGAUAGACAAGGCCCUUGUCUACAUGGAGAGGAAAGACUUGCCUCCCAACUGGGACAUCAGGGAGCUGCUCAGCAAGGGAGGGGACGACGACGCCUCCACGUCGGAGAGCUCGGGUGACGAGAGUUUCUACAACUCGCCGAGCGAAGAAGAGGACAGGUUUGUUGCACAACUCUACAAGUUCAUGGAUGAGAGAGGCACACCGAUAAACAAGCCACCUGUGCUCACAGGCCGUGAUCUAAACCUGUUCAAGGUGUUUAGAAUCGUCUAUGGUCGAUUUGGAGGUUACAACAAGGUGACGAACCAGAGCAAGUGGAAGAAGGUGCACAAGCGGCUGAAGCUUCAACCGAGUACGCCGGGCAGUCUGAGCAGCCUUAAGAGCGCGUAUAAGAGGUACCUGCACAGCUUUGAGGACUUCUACCGUAAGCUCGGCAGCACGAUGGGAUCGACGGGGCGGCCGUGCCGCGCACGAGAGUCCUCGGGCCGCGGCAUCGGCCUCGGACGCGACCUCAUGAGCCCCGCCGCGCGCAGCAAGGUCAAGGCCAAGGAGGCGGCGGCGUGCGAAGAGAAGACGCCCACUAAGGACACAAAGGCACAGGAGGCUGAGGCGUCGAGAACUGCUGAGAAGAUGAAGAGUAAGGAUGCGGAGACGGAAUCUAGCAAGAAAGACGAGAAAGAAAUGGAGAAGGCCACGGCCGCGAAAGGGAAGGAAACAGCACAAGCUUCAAAGUCCAAAGAAGAGAAGGUGACACCAAAGGGUAAAGAGGAGAGAGAGAAGCCAACCCCACGAGGAAGAGAAGACAAGCCAAAACGGGAGACAAAGGUAAAAGAGGAAAAGUCAAAACCAACGAAAGAGAAGGCAAAAGCAGUUGUAAAGGAAGAGGAGGUUGAAGAGCUAACACCAAGAAGACGCGGUCGUAAUCGACUGUCGUCGCUGUGUAAAUCGGAGACACAAACCGAUGCCAAGAAGGAGGAGCCAGCGGCAGAGAAGGAGACGGGCAGGAGGAAGGAUGACUCGAGGCAGGGCGGCGCAGGCGACAAUAGGAGGAGCGGGGAGAAGGCCACGCGGAGGCUCUCCACGAAGGCAGCCGGCGAGGCGACCGACAACGACAGGGAGGCGUUGGAGGCGCCGUCUGGUGGCUCGUCGUCGCAGGGGUACUCGAUUGGCGAGAGGGUGAACAUUCGCUACGGCCACGGAGAGAAUCAGAGCGUUUACGAGGCGAAGGUUGUGGAGAUAGGAGAGGAGCAUGGAGAUCGCACGUACAUGGUCCACUACCAAGGCUGGAACUUUAGGUAUGACGAGUGGGUGAAAGCCUCCCGAAUAGUCAACUCCGCAGAACACUCAGGACGCAAGCGCAAGAAGAACCCGCCUGGCCCAAACCACAAGUCCCGCAAGGGGGGUCCGGCGAGUCAGAUGGCGGCGGCAACGACGUCACGGCAGCAGAUGAAGCGUGGACGUCCGCCAUCCAGCCUCUCUCUGCAGGCCAAACCCGCAUCGCCUGCAUCGUCCACGCGCGACCGCUCCGUGACCCCGUCCUCCUUGCACGAACGCUCGGUGACGCCCUCUGGUGGCAGCGCGGGGAACAAGGAUCGCGCGACGGCUCAUGCCGUGUGCCGGGCGACACGUCAGAACAGCACGGGAGAUCUCGCUACUGGGCUGAACGUGGGCGUGGUGAGACCGAGGAAAGCAACUCGCACAUCUGGCAUAUCUAACACGUCAUCGUCAUACGAUAACGAUGCAGAUGAGGAGGCGGGAGCGGAGGGAGACAGCCAGGAGAACUCCCCCGAAGUCGCGGCCCCCAAGCGCUCCGUACGGUCGCCGGCCUCCUCCGCCGCCGCCGCCGCGGCAAAGGAAGCCUCUGCCUCCUCCUCCCCGGUCGUCGAGGAGAAGCCGGCCCCUGCUGCGGAGGAGGGGAAGUCCGACGAUGAGGAGAAACCGACGAGGAGGAAGGAGGGAAGCCGCGGCAUCGUGGAGAGGAAGUCCCGGGAGAGCCGCGCGGCUGAGCGGAGACCCGCAAAGGAGGAGCCGGCGAAGGAGGAGAAGGAGGGGGUGAAAGAGGAGGAGGAGGAGCGGGAGGAGGAGGAGGUCGAGAGAGAGAAGCCGGCUGAGAACGUGUCGGAGAGAAAGCCUGUGGAGCGGGAGCGGGAGAGGGAGAGGACCCCGAUCCUGGAGGCCCUGGCCGCCGUCGGAGCGAGAGCGAGGGACGCAGAGGAAGCCGCGGGGAAGGCAGCAACGGCAGCCAGGGAGGCGCCAGUGCGACCCUCCGCCGCACCGCACGCUGCCGCGGACGAACCCGCAGAGAGGAAGGUCGUGGCGGAGGUCGCGCAGAUGACGGAGACCGAAGAGGUAGCCUCCCCGGAGAAGCCGAAUGAAGGAAAGCCCGGGAAGGGCAGGGAGAAGCCGGCGCGGGGAGGAGGAGACGUCACGGCCGAAAGGACCCCGAAACGCGGCAAGUUUUCUGUUGCCGCGGCGACGAGGGAGGGAGAGGCGGGCGCCGGGAAACCGCCGUCGAAAACCAGACCCAAGGACGCGGAGCAGGAGGCGCCACCAGAGGGCGCCCCCGCGGCGCCGCAGCCGGCCGAGGCGCCACCGUUCAAGGAGGAGUACACGAUAUCGGACGAGAUUGAGCGCAUCGUCGAGCAGUCGAUGAAGGAAUCUCUCGCUCGCGAGAUGGCCACCGCUGCUGUCGCCACCGCCACCACCGCCCUGCCCUCCCCGGCGCCGAAGGAGGAGAAGAAGGGGGAGGGCGCAACCGAGAAGGACUCCAAGCGAGCCGGAAAGCCGCCCGCGCAGAAGAAGGAGACGGCGGCGGCGCGAGGCGGCGCGGCGGCGUUCGCGGGGAAACGGACGAGCAGCCGCAGCGAGGGGGCGCCACCGACGAAGGGCAACGCGAUUGCGUCGCCGUACGACUUUCCCGACAGCACUUCGGACGCGAGCGAGGCGGGGGAGGAGGUGCCGUCGUCGACGACGACGACGGGGGAGGUCUCGGGAGAAAGGCCGCGCGCGAAACCUCGCGAAAAGAAGACCCCGCAGAGAAAGCAGCGUGAGGAGAAGGCGGCGGCAGAGGUGAAGGUCACCGCGUCGGCGAGGAGGAAGCGCGGGAGGGCCGGCGGGGAGAAGUCGCCGGAGAGAGGAGCCGACGCUGCGUCGCCCGGUGUUGCCACGACGACGGAGGCGAGGACAGACGUUGAUGACGUUGCCGCGGCGACAGCGGGAGGCAGGAGUAAGGUUGCGAACGAGUUCCUCGUUGUGGUGCCGACCGCGAUCGUUCAGGAGGGUAAGAUGGAGACGCCGGCGACGGCGACGAUGACGCAGAAGUUGGCCGCGCACCAAGUGUCGCCCGCACCGCACGCUCGCCCCGACAGCGGCGCCCUGUCUGACGGGUCGUCGUGCGAGCGUGCCGCCGCCGCCGGGCAGCCGUCUUCGUCGAAGGAGCAGGAGCGACAGCGCUCCCUGCUGGACAACACGCCGCCGACGACGCCCGAGUAUUCGCCCGCGCGCGAAGCCAUGGAGAUCAGCUCGUGCGACAGGUCGCUUAGCAGCAUAGACGUUGACAGCUCCGGCAACAGCUCUCCCGAACACAUGGGCGGAACGUGCCGCGUCGACGCCAGCUCAACCUCUGACAGCAUCAGCAGCAUCGACGUCGCCUCGGCAACGAAGCAGCAGCAGGUGGCAGAGGCAGAGCCACCUAGCAGGAAGAGGCGGCAGAGAAGAGGGACCAGUAUGAGCAAGGCAGCGAAACCGAAACCAAAACCGGGAGGGGGCACUGACAGCGAGGAUGGAAUGGCUGAGGACAACAGUCAGUCGUCUAGUCAGCCGGACGUAGGAAGCCCAUCUCAGGACCCCCGCCACAAGCUUCCCAUCGUACCGCCGCCCGACCGCCAGCCCAAGUGGAACUUCUGUGCUAUCGACUCGAGCCUCGAGGGAGAGGAGCGAAUCAACUUCCUGCAGGAGCAGCUACAAGAGCUGCGCCGCGUCUACAUGUCUCUCAAGUCAGAGGUCGCCUGCAUCGACAGACGACGGAAACGACUGCGCAAGAAGGAGAGGGAAGCCUCCGCAUCAACGUCGCAGAUGCAGAUGCCUGUUACCGUGGAGACAACGUAACGGCUUCACACGUCCCUCACCACACCUCGCACCAACCCACCGCUGACAAGGGAGCGAUAGAGGGAGAGACACAGAGAGAGAGAGAGAGAGAGAGAGAAAAAGCGAGAGGCAGAUAGAGAGGGAGAGA